UUGAGUUUCUUGGAUUCUAGUUUUGCUUUUCUCUUUAAUUUUUGUUGUAAUGUUAUCUAUGAUGGCUGAAAGUUCAGAGGAACCGAAGUUUGCUUUGAGACUUAUAAUUGAUGAAGAGAAGGAAAAAGUUGUUUUGGCUGAAGCUGGUAGAGAUUUUGUCGAUGUUCUCUUCAGCCUUUUGACACUGCCAAUGGGCACUAUUGUCAGAUUGCUUGAGAAGCAUCGAAAAUCUGAGUUUGGUUGUUUUAGCAACAUCUAUAAAAGCGUUGCGGACGUGGGUGUUGACUAUUUCGAGACUGAAGCUUGUCAGCAGAUAUUGCUUAAUCCAAGGAGUGUGAAGGAAGUCCAGUGCAAAAGGCUUAUGCUCAACAUAAACCCUACUGAUGGUCUCAAGUUUUUUAAAUGUCGUUCGUUCGCAGCCUGUAACUUGUGCAGUAACUUUAGCGGCUCUGAGUGUGUAUGUGGAGAGUUGAUGGACCAAGAAAUUGACUUAUCAGAAGAAGAUCAAGUACAAAAUGAUGUUGAUGGAGUAUUUGUCAAAGGCAGGUCUUCAUUCAUCAUCACCGAUGACUUGAACGUGUAUGUUGGUUCUACUGGUCUUGUCUUGAAAACUCUUUGUCGUCUAAACUGUUCUGAUGUUAGUAAGCUUGGGGAAAAGUUUCUUGACAUUGGUCUCGAAGAGAUUGUUACUCUUCUGGAGUAUAUGUUAUCUUCAGAUUCUCCCUUGACAGACACUUUCUUGAAGAAAAAAAGUCCACACGAUGUGAAAAACAUACCAAAGCUUUUGAGUCCAUGUGUGAAGGUAAAAACAGAUGAACCAGAAUCAGAAUUUACUUUGGAUGCAGUAGUAAGGAAGCAGGACAUGAAGAUUCUAUAUGUUGAAUGUGGAGAAGACUUUGUUGAUCUUCUCUUCACUUUUCUGGUCGUCCCUCUGGAAUAUUUAUGUGAUAUCAAUUUAGGGUGCAUUGGAAAUUUGCGCAGAAGCUUCAAAGACCUGAAUGUUGAUACAUCUACCAGAUGUGUGCUUCCCUAUUACUAUAAAUGUCAAAAGCAGUUGUCUGAUAUCACAACCGAAGAACCACCGUUUUACUACCGUUACAGGAAUUCCAAUCCGAGCCAACCUGACUACAGUUUGACUACAGAUCCGGAUCGGUCUCUGCUCUAUCGAAAAGACAGACUAGUUCCUGUGACUUUGAUUGAUCCAAAAUGUCGUGGUAAAGAUCAGUCAGAGAAUGGUAGUGGGUUUAUCAAGAGAGGAACAAGGUUUACAGUUACAGAUGAUCUUUUAAUCAGAGCUACGAGUUUCGUAAGCAUUUCUAUAUUCGUACUGAACAAGUUACAGAUUCAGGCAGACGAUCUGGAGGUGCAAGCAAUUAGAAUCCGUAAAGCCGAUGUUACAUUUUUCUUUCUCAAAUCUCAAGUAAUACAAUUUCACUUGCUCUCCCUUGCUUUCUUGACUAACUUUGUCUCUAAAUUAGGCAAUGAGUCUGAUGAGAACUUCCUUGUUGACAUCCUCUGCUUUGAACUCUGCUUUAUGGAACUUGAUUGCGAAGAAGAUCAAGGAAGAGACUUGAAGAAACAGAGAUUCUGUUAGAUUCAAUCCACAUUGUCCAUCUUUAGACAAAAGUGCUUUAGUAUCAGAUUACAUAACUUCCAUUAAAAUUGUCUUAGUGGA